AUGAGAAGCUGGUGGUGGGUGAAGGAGAAGAAGAAGCAUAUGGAUUUGUUGAUAACAGUAGCGAUGAUUCUCCAGUUCCAAAUGAAAGGAUGUGUUGGCUGUGUGGAAACUGAACGGAUGGGUUUGUUGCAGCUCAAGUCGUAUUCCAGCUCUCUUCCUGGCUUCGGAGAAGGAGAAGGAAGUAAUCUCAAUUCAUGGAGUGAUGAUGAUGGUCCUAAUAGUGACUGCUGCAACUGGGAGGGAGUAAAGUGCAGUGACGCUACCGGUGGCCACAUCGUCGAUCUCUCACUUGAUUCGAUCUUUGACUACUUGGAGUUGGAUCAAACUGAUCGGGGGUUAAAUAUUUCUUUGCUCCAUAGCUUCCCUCAACUCAAAACCCUUGUCUUAAAUAAUAAUUGCUUCAGUCACUUGUUUGAUCCCAUCCAUGGUUAUAAGAGUUUUGAGAGACUUGAGAACCUGGAGUCCCUUGAUUUGUCAAGCAAUCGUUUCAACAGCAGUGUUCUCCCUUUCCUAAGUGCAGCAAAGUCGCUCAGGAUUCUAAAUCUUGGUAGCAAUAGGCUGGAAGGUGUCUUUCCUCCAAAUGGUUAUAAGAGUUUUCAGACGCUUGAGAACCUGGAGUCCCUAGAUUUGUCGAGAAAUAAUUUCAACAUCAGUGUUCUCUCAUUUCUAAGUGCAGCAAAGUCGCUCAGGAUUCUACGUCUUGCUAGAAAUUCACUGGAAGGUGUCUUUCCUCCAAAUGGUUAUAAGAGCUUUCAGAGACUUGAGAACCUAGAGGAUCUUGAUUUGUCGGGGAAUCGUUUCAACAACAGUGUUCUCCCUUUUUUAAGUGCAGCAAGGUCGCUCUGGUUUCUAAAUCUUGGUGGAAAUAGGCUGGAAGGUGUCUUUCCUCCGAAUCCGAAUGGUUUAAACAAUUUCAGGGAACUGGAAGAACUGUAUCUAAGUGACAAUGCUAUAAAAGACUUCGAGGCUGGUAAAGGGUUGAGAAAAACUAAGCUGAAAACAUUAGAUCUUAGGUACAACAGACUCUCAGAAACUGCUCGACUUAAAGGUUUAGAACAUCUUGUAGAAUUAGAAUUCUUGAGCUUGUCAAGCAAUCAAUUGAACAACACUCGAUCUAUUCAAGUACUCAAAGAUAUGCCAAAGUUGCAAGAACUGGAUCUAAGCUACAAUGAAUUCACCGACUUAGACAGCCUAGGCUACUCAAAGCUUUGCGGAUUGAUCAAUCUUCGAGAGCUUGGAUUUAAGAAGCAAUGCUUUGACAAGUAUGCCUAG